AUGCCCGAGACCAGCACCGACGACGACGUCAAGUCGAACAAGCGAAGCCAUGCCGACUUCACUGGCGAUGAUGGCUCCGACAGCUCCUCGGACGACGAUAUGGGCCCACAGCUGCCCUCAGCAGCCCCCAAGAAGAAGCGGCGCGUCCUACCCUACGAGAAGCUGUACAUAUCGGCCCUCCCCAAGUCGACUCGCUAUUCCAAGUCCCUGAUGCACAAGGAGCAGCUCGCCUUCGUCGCCAUGACGCCCCUUACCGACUUCCUCAUCACUACCUCGAUAGACGGCGUGGUCAAGUUCUGGAAAAAGGUGUCUGAGGGGCUCGAGUUUGUAAAGGAGUUCAAGGCACAUCAGGGCGAAAUCCGCUCUGUGUCCUGCAGCCUGGACGGGCGGAGCUUCGCCACUGCGGGCGUGGACAAGACGGUUAAGCUUUUCGAUGUGAUAACCUUUGACCUCCUGGCCGUCCUCCAGCUCGACUUCGCGCCGAGAUGCGUCUGCUGGGUCCACAAGAAAGGCUCCUCUCUGCCUCUCUUGGCUGUUUCCGACAGCGAAGCCAAACCCAGCAUUCGCAUCUACGACGGCCGAGGCGAGAACCAGAAGCCGAUCCACGCCAUCUCUGGACUGCACCGAAGCCCUGUAUCUCUGAUGGCCUUCAAUGACCACCAUGAUUGCGUAAUAUCCGUCGACGAGGGCGGCAUGAUCGAAUACUGGCGUCCGGGAGGGUUCUACGAGAAGCCCGACAGCGUCUUCAAGUACAAGAGCUCGACCAGUCUCUUUGAAUUUAAAAAGGCAAAGUCGGUGCCGGCAACUCUGACAAUGUCCGCUGACGGGAGCCGAUUUGCGACUGUGUCGUUCCCUGAUCGGAAGAUCCGUAUCUUCGACUUCGCCUCCGCCCAGCUCCAGCGGACCUAUGACGAGUCGCUUCAGGUGAUAGAAGAAAUGCAGCAGGCUGGAACCGCAAUACAGAAGCUGGAUGCCGUGGAAUUCGGACGCCGGCUAGCGCAGGAGCUCGAAAUCGAGUCGCCCGAGCUCCGCAACAAGUUCAACGUCAUCUUUGACGAAUCAGGCCAUUUUAUCCUUUACGGUUCCUAUCUCGGGGUCAAGGUUCUCAACACGUACACGAACCAGGUGGUCAAGGUCUAUGGGCGCGAAGAAGGCUUCCGACCGUUGGCGCUGGCACUGUACCAAGGACAGCCCCUAAAGAAAGGUGUCACAACCGUUGCUAUGGCCGCAUCAAACAACCCCUUACUGCAGGAGUCUGAGACGAGGGACCCAAUACUGUUUGCCACAGGGAUCGGAAAAGUCCGCUUCUACAUGUUCACCAACGAAGAGGAAAUCUCAAAGUCGUCAAGGGACGUCCAGAAUGAGAAACCAACGGUACUGGGCCAGAAAAAGACCGAGGAGAAGAAGAAGGCCGAGACAGGAACAGCGGCGAUCAUCCACACCACCUACGGCGACAUCCACAUCCGCUUGUUCCCUGACGCGGCACCAAAGGCCGUGGAGAACUUUGUGACGCAUUCCAGGCGCGGGUACUACAACAACACCAUCUUCCACCGCGUGAUUCGGAAGUUUAUGAUUCAGGGCGGAGACCCCCUUGGCGAUGGCACAGGAGGCGAGAGUAUCUGGGGCAGGGAGUUUGAAGACGAAUUCAGCAGUUUGAAGCACGACAAGCCGUAUACCGUCAGCAUGGCCAACGCUGGGCCCAACACGAAUGGAAGCCAGUUCUUCAUCACGACGGAAAAAACGCCCUGGCUCGACAACAAGCACACCAUAUUCGGGCGCGCCGUGCGGGGUCUGGACGUGAUCCAUAGGAUUGAGAACGUCAAGACAUACAAGGAGAAGCCGGUAGAGGACAUCAAAAUUCUCAACAUCGAUAUCGCCUAA